CACGGAUCGAUUGACGCCGAUGCCAGCAGGAGCACAAUUGUGAUACCUCUUUUUAGGUUCCGAUCUACAUAGUUACACCCCGCCAUACUGGGCUGUCGUCAUCCCGUCCGUCGCACGCAUUAACCCCGCCCCGUCCUGUCGCUCUUCCAUCUUCUCCAUACACUCCCACUCCCACCAAUACCUUCGAUCCCACCCUCAACCCGCGAAAACAACCAAGACAAGAUGCCCCCGCCGCAAGCGCCCUGGGCGCCCCUCCUGCAAUCCCACAUCGCGCACCUCAAGCCAUGCACCUUCACACUCGCCACGCAAUCUACCGCGCCCUCACCAACCUCCUCCUUGUACCCCUCCCCCAUCCCACCACCCCUUCACCAGCCUCCGCCACCGUCUCCGCGCUGCCGCACACUGAUCCACCGCGGCAACCUUUGCCGCCUCCCAGAGAACACACACAACCCUUUACUGCACCACAACGCGCGGGUAUGGGACAGCGACCUGCCAACGUUCACGACGGACGCGCGGACGAGUAAAGUCCUUGGCGGGGACACGACGGGCGGGCAAGAGGUCGAGGCGUGUUUCUGGGUUGCGGAAACGCAGAAUCAGUGGCGGAUUCGAGGGAGGUGUUUUCUUCUGUCGGAGGAGGAGGCGGUGCCGCCGGGGGAGGUUACGGAUAGGCUGCGCAAGAGGGAGCAGGGGGGGGGGGAGGGAGAGUUUAGUUGGAGGAAGGAGGUGCAGGCGCAUUUUGGAAAUCUGGCGCCUGCCAUGAGGGGCAGCUUUGCGAAUCCUCCGCCUGGCGCGCCGCUGGGGAGUGAUGUGGGGGGACUGGUCAAGGGGGGAAGGUUGAGGAUAAGGACGUGCUGGCUGAUGAAGGGAUCUCGAAGAUUGCCAGGGGGAAUAUGAGGGUCGGUGUCGUGGUGCCGAACGUGGUCGAGCGGGUGGAUCUGGCGGCGGAUGAGGGGCGGGCGAGGAGGUGGGUCUGGUGGUGGGUGGGCGAGG